GGUUGCUCUGUUUGUGGCUGUGUAGUAAAGCUGCUGAAGAAUGUUUAAGUAUCGCAUCCGGAUGUUCUUUAAUGAACUCAAAGUGUUGCUACUGAUGCGUUCUGGAUCAAGCAGGAGGACGGACACUGACCCGAACACACAGACCACGAUGAGAGGGCUCGCUAUUGGAGGCUGUGGUUGGCCACAGCUGAGCUGCUCUCAGCGGGACGACGAGGAGGAGUACUAUGGCUCUGACCUCCGGCCACGAAGCCUGGCGUUUGAGGAUAAAGAAGGUGCCAAACCUCAGGGAGGAGGAGUAGGAAACAUGGAUGCUGCUUCACUCCCGAGUCUCUCAGAGAGCGGGACGCGAUCACCGCAGUGCCGGAUCUGCUUCCAGGGGCCAGAAAAGGGGGAGUUGCUGAGCCCUUGUCGCUGUGAUGGCUCAGUGCGCUGUACCCACCAGUCCUGCCUUAUCCGCUGGAUCAGUGAGAGAGGCUCCUGGAGCUGUGAGCUCUGCUACUUUAAGUACCAGGUGUUGGCCAUUAGAACCAAAAACCCACUGCAGUGGCAGGCCAUCUCUCUGACUGUGAUUGAGAAGGUACAGAUUGCAGCCAUUAUCCUCGGCUCUCUGUUCCUCAUCGCAAGUAUUUCCUGGUUGGUUUGGUCCUCUCUCAGCCCCUCAGCCAAAUGGCAACGGCAGGACCUUCUCUUCCAGAUAUGCUACGGCAUGUACGGCUUCAUGGACAUAGUUUGCAUAGGCCUUAUAAUCCACGAAGGAUCAUCUGUCUACCGGAUCUUUAAGCGCUGGCAGGCGGUGAACCAGAAGUGGAAAGUGCUGAAUUAUGACAAAGCAAAGGACUUAGGGGAUCCCAUCAGUUCCAGCAGCAAAAGCACUGUUCGAGUAGAGAGGAACUCUUCUCACACUGUCACAGACAGCAGCCGGAGGGCAAACCGCCAUAUCAGGACUAUUCUCAACCACCACUGUGGCUACACUGUUUUACAUUUCCUUAGCCAGCUAAGACCCAACAACUUGCACAGCAGCAACCAUGAGGUGGUCAUGAGAGUGACCACCGUAUGAAGCUGACUAAAGUGCUGUAAUGUUUAAGGAGGAGAAAAGUGUUGAUUGGGGUUUAAUUAAAUAAAAUCCCAAUCUGCCAUAUAAACACUGCCGUGAACUUCCACUUUCAUAUUUCCUUCUCAGAUUCUGCUGGAGUUAAGGAUGAGUAUUACCUAUUUUGUGAGAAACUUGAAGUUUUUAUUUGAGACUUUAAAUGUGAAGCCUGUGAAUUGAGAAAAAAAAAAGAUUUUGAACAGAUUCUUUCUUAAAGCAAGUAACCAUUUUUAACACUAUGACUAAGGUUUCAAAAUGUAACCAAACAAGUUUGUUUUACUUAGAAAAGAAAAGAAAAAGUUGGAUUUGGAUUUGUUUUUAAGGUUGAUUAGGAUUUGACAAUGUAAGUGAGAGUUUGAUGGUGAUAAUGAUUGUGCUUCUACGUAUGACCACUGUAGCAGUUCCCCUUCUAAUGUUUCUGUGUAUGUCUGAGGGUUUGCCAUGAUCUUGGCAACUUGUGCUGUUUUCACCUAAAGUUGAACUGAUGGAUAAGUCAAGAAAAUGCCCAAUAAA